AUGAUUGACACCCUCUCUCUCCCUGCUGGCAACCCCUUGUUGACCCUUACCCAACCCAAAGCCCACCUCUGGAUUAUCGAACUCCAUCAUGGACAGGACAACCGUCUAACCCAGGAGUUGAUCAACAGGGCGUUAAUGCCAGCUCUCGACGCGGUGGAACGGCAAUGGCGCAUCCAGGUGCGGACGGCGCAGAAGAACGGAGACAAGGAGGGGUCGAAAGGUGCGCUCAUUAUUGUUGGGAGGAGGGAUCAAGACAAGUUCUUCAGCAAUGGACUCGACUUUGCCAAUUCGGUGAAGGAUCCCAACUUCUUCCAACAGACAUUCAACCCGAUGAUGGUCCGGCUGCUCUCCUUCCCUAUCCCAACUAUUGCUGCUAUUAACGGCCAUUGCUAUGCUGGUGGAAUGAUGCUAUCCCUAGUUUGCGAUUACCGUGUUAUGACUGAUGGCACUUCUCGCAAUGCCUGGCUUUGCAUGAACGAGGUUCAUUUCGGUGCCCCGUGGCCUUUGUCCUUCACGGCUCUUCUAACGGGCAAGAUUGGCGACCAUAGGCUGCAUCGUAAGAUCGCCAUCGAAGGGCACAGAUUCACACCUCAAGAGGCACUUCAAGAUGGAAUUUUGGACUACAUUGUUAAAGGCAACACCGCUGACGUUUUGGCCAAGGCCGAAGGGGUGGCCGAAAAAGUCGGUGCCAACGCGUCAAUGGGAGUUUGGGGUUUGAUCAAGUCGAAUAUUUACUUCGACACCAUCAAGACUAUCCAGAAGGACAUCAGAUUAGUCAACGCCGCUAUUGAUGAUGCUGGCGCGAAGUCAAGGCUGUAA